GCACUCUAAGGCUGAUCCUCGUUUACCUCCACCUGGACGCCUUUCGCCCUUCUUUUCUCCCCCUGCGAUCAGACAUUUCCGCCGGCUGGCACGAGUGCCCCAACUCCACAUCCCAGCCACAGCGCCACAGUGCCGCCUUGCACACUCGACGACCCCGAGGAAGGCGAGAAGAACGCCGAGGCGCCUGCCCAGCGCGGCGCGAGCACAAUGGGCACAGCAAGCGCGCCAGAGGGCUUCGCGAUGCCCGCGCAGUCCGCUGCGAAUGCCAAUUCCUGCUACGGCUGGCGCAGCUCGGAGAAGACACCACAUGGCAGCGGGAUCAGUUCUCGCUUCCCGCGGUCGUGCGUCGCACUACACCGGUGACGACGAAGUUGAACGCCAUCGGCGAGGGCGAGACUAAGCGCCAAUCGCUCUCGCUCGGGAGCCGCAAGACGAACGGCAUAGAGUCCGCGCGGAGUAUCGCUUCACGACUGCUAGUAUCACUUUGGCCUCAGCUUUAGUAGUCGUCCGCCAGUAGGCUUUGCUGUCUGGCCGUGGGUAGAGCAGCUGAAGACGUAGCGCAAGUGCGCAACAAGGAAAUCGCCGCUUUUACUUUCCAUUCAACUGCGUCUCUAGAAGACUGGGCGUUCUGAGUGUCGCAUUUAAAGAGCUACGACAGGCGCAGGAAGGCGCAUGGCGCGUUGAAGCCCGGGAACGAGAAUAUCUGGUAUGUUACUGUAUGCGAGGUCAAUGCAUCGCCGCGUCGUCAAGCAGCAUCAUGGAGCGGUGCGUCACAAGAAUCGUCUGCAGCUGGGGUCGGUGUAUUGGAGAGGCGUGCUGGAAAGCUAGACAGGUCCAGGCGCAGGGACAUCCGUCGCAAGAAUCGAACCAUGAAGGGCACCCUGCGCUUGCGUCGCAUGAUCAUGCCGACGACCAGAUCCCUGUUCUGCUUCCACCCGAAUCUCUCGGAAGCGCGCACUAAUCUGCGUCCGGUCCCGAAGACUGCACCAGCCGGCUCACGGUCAGGUCAAAUCAGGCCAGCGCAUGUAUCUACCACCUUCGUAUUCAUCAUCUUCGUCGAGACCAACGCACAGCACGCCAAGUCACAAGGGCCUGCAAAGCACUUCGCCCGCUUCCGAACCAACCGACGAUUUCGACGAUUAGGCUUUGAAUCGAGCAUUUGAUCGUGUCAAAGUGCCGUCGAGCGACGAGAGCCUGCUGCAGCGGUGUUAUGUCCGUCCUUGUUGCCAGAAUCUCGUUCACAGCCAACUUGUCGGCGGUACGAAAUCUUUGUUUCUCG